CAACCAGACGGCCAAUCAGAAGAGUUUUGAUUGAGUUUAUUCUCACCCUCCAACCAAUUCAACAUGGCAUCCAGGGAAACAGGUCGUGCAAAAGAGACAGGCAACCGCCGCGUGCUGGAUGAGGCCGGCAGACGUCGAAGAGCCCGCAAGGCUCUAGAGGCGCUGGAGCAGGACAACUUCCACGAGGACCCUCAUGCUAAUCUGGUCAUGAGUAAAAAGGCUCCUAAAUUUGAGGAGCUUUUGGACUCACAUGGCAGAAGCAAGGAGAGGAAGAGGAAGACGCGUAGUGCCGACUACUUCAAACAAAGGUACCGGAAAAAUUUUGCCAUGUUACUGGAGGAGGACCAGCUGAGUAACCCAGACGGCCCCAACUACCUCACCGCUCAGGCUGGUGCAAGCCAGCUGCCGGAGCGUCAUCUGUGCGCUGUUUGUGGCUUCCCCUCCCCGUACAACUGCGUGGCCUGUGGUGCCCGAUACUGCAGUACACGCUGCUACUCCACACACCAGGACACACGCUGUCUCAAAUACACAGCCUGAUUAUUGUGUUAU